CGGCGUUCUGUUCGGGAAGGUUGGCUUAGUUGCUCGCUGCAAGGCUGUAGCUGAGGAUUGGCUGUUGAGGGGCUCGCAGCUUUCUCGGAAGAACUGUGGCUGUAAUCCAGGUGGCCGGGCCAGGCUCUGGGCUGCGUUCCGCCCGCCUCGGGCAGCCAAGGCAACCAGAGCACCAGUGAUGGGGACUCCAGCCUCUGUGGUGAGUGAGCCACCCUUGUGGCAGGUUUCAACUGAGGCCCGGGGCCGCAAACAGGCCUCUGCUAACAUCUUCCAGGAUGCUGAGCUGGUGCAGAUCCAGGGCCUGUUCCAGCGCAGUGGGGACCAGCUGGCUGAGGAGCGGGCCCAGAUCAUCUGGGAAUGUGCAGGGGAUCACCGUGUAGCUGAAGCCCUGAGGAGACUACGCAGGAAAAGGCCCCCAAGGCAGAACCAUUGCAGCCGGCUCGGAGUGCCAGAGCCUAGUUCUGCAGUGGCUGACCCACAGGACAGCACCACUGACACGGCCCCCAGCGAGCAGUUUGGAAACUCAAGGAGGACAAGUGCCAGAGCCCACCGAAACUGGAACAAGCCAGGCCCCACAGGUUACCUCCACCAGAUCAGACACUGACCCAGUGAAGGGGUGGGGAACUCCUCCCAACAUUGCAGGGACUUUUGCCAAAGGGCUUAUGGCAUUACAAAAGCAGACCUGAGCAGAGCCCUGUCUAGGUGAUGAAAGUGGUGGUAAGACUGUCCUCAGUUCGGCUCAGAAGCUGAAUUCGCUGGACUCUGCACUAUGUGGACCUGUUCUUACCAAGCGAGGUGAUACCAAGGCUGCUCGUGCCUCAGCCUGUUUGACCUAACAGUGUAAAUGGGCUGCCUGGCAUUCCCCUGGGAUAAAAGUAGUAUGCGUUCAGAUGAAGCAUCUCACCAUUUCUGCCACUAACUGCCAGGGCUGUCACCUCCCAGCAGCCAACUGUCUCACACCCUGUGCCACAGUCAGUGCAGAGGGAAAACUUGUUAAAGUAGAAAAUAAAAACAUUUGCAUCAAUAA